AAGUAUAUUGCACACAUUAUUUUUUGGCCGUUUUACUUAGAGAUGUCCGGAGAGUGCAUUUACGAUGUUGUCGCUGAUAGCUUUGAGCCAGCCGCACAACCUGAGAUGGCUUUGAAGGGAAAGAAGGCCCCUUUGCGGAAAGUUCCUCCUCCAACCGCUUCCACAUUUGGGUUGCAUGGCACCAGUGCUGUCUUGGGAAAUGUUGGAGGCGAGUUUACUGACCCUUCAGUCCAUCCAAGUAAAAAACCUAUCGGAUUGUUUGGGCGAAGCGUCGCAGAUACUAUAAACCCAUCGAAUUACUUGAAAAAGAAUCAGGGACCUUUCACUGCCAGCCGUGGGGCACCAGCGGUGAAUGAAACGAAUUUUAAGAAGAGUGCGUGCUCACAUGAAAAGGUGAAGCCGGAUAUCUCUUGUCGGCACGACCAUCCUGUGAUGGGAAUGAAAACAGACAAAAACUUCGUGUUGGCCAACUCCGUCGAGGUCACAAUGGCUAUUCCCUCUAAGCAAAUUCCUGUGCCACCGCCUAAUUCGACGGAUCGAAGUGACUUUGGGAAAGUCCCAACCUAUUUGCAAGAAAUAAAGGAAGAAAUUCAGAAUAGACGGCAAAUGGUUCAAACUCUUGCUACGGAAGCUAAGGCGACGAGCGAAAAGUGGUCGGAGCUGUCUUACGAUGAGUUAGUUGAGCUUCGUAAUGGCUUGCAGGUGUGUUGGGAUUCUGCUAACAAAGAGUAUCAAACUAGUGGAUUCAAUAGCUCGCAAACAGUCUCAAAGAAAUUACACCAGGAGGCUUUAGAGAAACAAUUAUCUGUGUUAGAGUUCAUGAUGCAGAAACUGAGUCGUCGCCAUGUGUUUAUUUAUGACGAUCAGAAAUGAAGGAGUUUCCCGCUUGGUUGUAGCGAAGAUUAAAAGAGAAAAAACAACCAAUGUAUAAAAGGGAAUAUUACGUUUAUUCACCUUUUUUUUCCUCUUUUGUUUCAAUGUAAACCUUUCUCUUCGUUUUUAGCUUUCCAUCU